GGCUGCAGCCGGAGGCUGGGAGGUCGUUUCGGGUUCCUUGCCUCGGUGCCUUUGUGCAGGAACCUCCGGGAGAAGCUAACCUGGAAAGUCAGGACAACCUUGACCUGGUGAAAAUUGCCUAUGUUCUGGAAGCUGUGGCGUUCGGAGGUGGCCCCUUUAAAGGAUGAUGGAGGACGAAAUGGUACCAUCGAUUUGAGCUGCCCUGCUUAGCCUGACAGACAAAAUGGCCACCAAGCCAGGAGAUGCACCAACUCCACGUCUCUGCUUGCCGGCUGAGCUGGAGGCCGGAAUUAAAAUGGAGGAAGAGGAGCCGGUGGACUGUCGGACGAGGAGGGCUGCGGAGAAAAACCCUUGCAUUCUCCAAACUGAGCACGUGAGGGGCUUUGACGGGGAAACUGAAGCGAAUCUCCUGAGUAGCUCACAGGCGUGGGACCGACGUUUCUGGCCGGUUUGUCCCCGCCGAGCCAAGUGGCCCCAAGAGGUGUGCCGCCGACUCUGGGCCCGUUGCUCUUGGUGGCUGAAGCCGGAGACACACACCAAGGAGCAGAUGUUGGAGCUGGUGACCCUGGAGGAGUUCUUGACUGCCCUCCCCCCGGAGAUGCAGAACUGGGUCAGAGCACUUGGGCCGGGGACGUGCUCCCAAGCGGUGGCUCUGGCGGAGGAUUUCCUGCUGAGGCAGUGGCGGGAUGAAGGGCAAGAAGAGAAGGUUCCAGUGGGACUGAAAGAGGAAACUGUUGACUUCCCCGAGAUGGAGCGGGCUCUAUCAGAGACUUGGCAGAGGCCGUUUUCAAGGGAUAUUAAACAAGAGGACGACAGAGAUGCCCCCUUGCUGGGCACUGGGAUGGGAUCGUGGGCACAGGCUACAGGAAUGAAUACAGGUCCUUGUCAGGCGCUGGUGAACUUCGAAGAGGUGGCUGUGUAUUUCUCCAGAGCGGAGUGGGGCCUACUGGAUGCCAGUCAAAGAGCCUUGUACAGGGAAGUGAUGUUGGAGAAUUACGGACAUGUGAUCUCCCUGGCAGGGCUUUUGAUUCUCAAACCCAACCUCGUUUCCUGGCUGGAAGAAGAAGAAGAAGAAACAGCAGCAGAAGAAAACGUAGCCGUAGCAGUAGAAGGAGAAGACCUAUAUGCCUGGGACUCAGAAAAAGAGGAGAACACAGCAGCAGGUGAAGAGAGCGGCUGUAGGAAAGGCCAAGGUCAGCCAGAAAGCUCUAGAGGCGAGACGUUGGGAAGCUCCGAACCAAUGGCCGCACCGAGUGGUGAUUUGGGAGAAAGCUCUGAGGGGCUGCCGGAGGAUCACUCGGACGAAAACCCAGUCCAGUUCAUUAAUUCCUCGGGUGGAUACGGCGAGGCUGAGGAUGACUUGGCCCAGCAGGACGUCUUCAAGGCAGAAGGCGAAGAGGGGGAGUUCGGCAGCGUGAAAGCCUUCGGAUGGGGGCCCGAUCCGGUGGUGAGCCCGACGAAGCCGCCGGGGGAGAAGCUGCACCUGUGCUUGGUGUGCGGGAAAUGCGUCUCCACCAAAGCGAAACUCGUGAUCCACGAGAGGACCCACACGGGGGAGAAGCCGUUCGCCUGCUCGGCCUGCGGGAAGCGUUUCAGCCAGCAGGCCCACCUCAACGGCCACCGGAGGACCCACACGGGGGAGAAGCCCUUCCAGUGCCUGGAGUGCGGAAAGAGCUUCAGCGACGGCACCUCCUUCAAGAGGCACCAGAGGAUCCACACCGGAGAGAAGCCCUACGAGUGCGCCGACUGCGGCCGGUGCUUCCGGGACCGGACGGCCAUCAAGAGGCACGUCAUCGCCCACAUGGGCAAGAAGCCCCACAAGUGUGAGGACUGCGGGAAGUGCUUCCUGCACCGCUCGGAGCUCCUGAAACACGAGCCCCGGCACCCGAGGGAAAAGCCCUACCGGUGCUCGGUCUGCUCACAGAGCUUCAGCAAACCCCAGUACCUUUUCAGCCACGGGAUCGCCCACGUGCGGGAACGCCGCGAGCACCGGCAGCUCAAAGCGGGACUCCCGUAUGGGGCGCCCGAGGCGGUCCACGGGCCGGAGGGCGUCCGGGGGCCCGUGGCGAGGUGCGCCUCGGCCCGGUCAGAAGGGGGGAAGGCGUUCGGGUGCUCGGAAUGCGGGAAGACGUUCACUCAGCAAGCGAACCUGGUGGUCCACUGGAGAACCCAUACGGGAGAGAAGCCCUACCAGUGCGGGGAGUGCGGAAAGAGCUUUGGCGACCGCACCUCGUUACGGAGGCACAAGAGGAUCCACACGGGAGAGAAGCCUUACCAGUGCGGGGACUGCGGCAAGCGCUUCAACGACGGCACAUCCUUCAAGCGGCACAAGACCACCCACACGGGGGAGAAGCCGCACAAGUGCAAAGGCUGCGGGAAAAGCUUCAUGUAUCACGUCCAGCUCAUCAAGCACGAAAGAACCCAUGCCGGGAAGGAUCUGUAGAAAUGUUCCAAGUGUAGCAGUGGUGGUGAUGGGGGAAGGAUCUCCACUCCACAGACAUUCCUGUUACUUUUUGGGGAAAGGAAAACUGGGAAGGAAACCGUGUACAGGCCUGACGCAGUAGGAAAAGCUCCGCAUUUUGUAGUGGCUGCAGCAGCUAUAGAACAGGGUGGGUGGAGCCUUUCACCCAUGGGGCGAAUCUCGCUCUAUAGGGGUCCCUUUGGGGGUUUCCCCUUUCCCUGACUGCCAGUCUUUGGGCGGUUUCCCAGUAUUUGUGUGGUUUUCUCCUCCCUCUGCAAGGUGGUACUGCCUCCCCUGAGGCCUACAUGCUGUCAGUGAGAGCCUUUAAGCUGAAAUAAUGCUGGUGUUUGUGAUACGUUCGCUCCGCCCCUUUCCCCCCUCAGCCCCGCCCACCACUGGAAGGCCGUCCCUGAGGGCUUUUCCGAAAUGGGAAUUUGGCCCUCGGGAUGAAAGAGGUUCAUCACCCCUGCUAUUGAAAGACCAAUCCUCCCAACGAUUUGUCUAACCCCACGCCCCACCCUCUUUCAAAGCCGUCAGCCACUGCUGACACCACCACAAAAGCUUGUGGCGGUGAGUUCCACAAGUUAUGCUGUGAAGACGUUUCUUUUUCUCGCCUGGCUCAAUCUACAUUGGUUUUGUCGCAUGAUCCAGAGUUUGAGUAUUAACGGGAAGAGCGGGAGGGAGGGAGGGAGGGAGAGAAAAGCUUUGCCUACUUUCUCCACACCAUGCAUAAUAAAUUCCUAUCUUGUCUAGACACUUAGUUUCCCGAAGAGUUUCAGUCUUUCAUGGUAGGGUUGUUGCUCCAGUGUCUUCACCGCCCCCCUCCUCAAGGUAUUUGUGGUUACCCUUUCCUCUCCUGUAAUAUCUUACAAUGUAGCAUCAUGUGGGAUUCCCUAACUUUGGACAUGGGCUGCUACAUAAGGGCAAAGAUCAAGUUCUAAGAAAAUCUGAAAAGUAAAUAAUAAAAAGAUCUUGUUUUGAAACAGA